GAGAACGUCCACUGAGAUCAGCUGUGCAAGUAACAUUCUAUUUGUUGCCUGUGCAUAAGGAAAGAUUUGAAUAAGGGUUGAUCUGAAUUUCAAGAGAUUUUUUUUUGCCAAAAUUAGUACAAGUUAAUACCAACAAAUUACAAACAUGCUAAAACAUUUAUUUGAUUUGGAUUAGGAAAAGAAUCCACUGAUUUGAAACUCUCCAAGUUUCAUUCCAAGAGCUCAUGAAGCACAAUCCUGCGGCUGUGCAAGCUAAUUUGUUGAUCAGAGUUAAAUGUUUUACUGUGCUCUAAUAACUACAGGCUACGUAACUGGUCACAGGUUCAAUCCAGACUUUUGUAAGGAAUCGCAAAAUAAAUUGUCAAAUUUAGUAAAAAUGUUUUCUGUGAGUGAAAGGUUUGACGGAAAAAGCUAGAUGGCCUCAAUUAACAAUCAUAACACAAUUGUGUAGUGAAAUAAUGAGCCCACUUUCUGAACACUUAGAUUAUGUUCAUAGUUAAAUUUUGUACAUUGUUUGCUACUAAGGGGUUCUGCAGAUUUUAAUGACUUAAGUAGAGGGAUAAGUACUUAAAGCUCUGUGAGCACAAGCUCUAAAUCUCAUCUGGUACAUCAGUGACAGCUUUGAAUUACAGCAAAAACGUAAUUAUGAAUUUAACACUGCAGAGGUUGCUUAUGGAUUCUGUGUUGUUUGUAUUUCCAGUGAAGCUCAACCCUCCCUAUAACCUCACUGUGAACUCGAGUGGUAGAGAUGGAGAGGUCUGCAUGCGCUGGACAAGCUCUACUAAUGUCAAGCAGAAUUGCAUGAAGUAUAUGGUACGCUAUCGGAAAGCCUCCGACCCAUGGAAGAGUUCCUCUUCAGACUGCGUGUCUCCUCUCUCCAGUGGAGUCAUGUACACUUUCCAAGUAAGAAGCAGCAUGUCAGAAAUGUGUGGUGAUUCUCAUUUUUGGAGUGAUUGGAGUGAUCCAGUACAGUGGAAGGACAACAAAGAGCCUACAGUACCUACUCCAGUGUACUGGCAUGCGCUGGGUAUUGUUCUGGGAGUCAUUGUCCUCUUCAGCCUUUGUACACUGUUGUAUUUUAGUGAACGGAUUAAAGUAGUGUUCAUUCCUGUGGCCCCUGACCCGAGCAAGAGCCUACAGGAUUUAUUCAAGAAACAUAAAGGCAAUGUUGAGAGCUGGGUUUAUAUCUCCAAAGAGCUGAAGGAUGCUUUUGAGUCCGAUUACACCGAGUCUCCUUGUGUUGUAUGUGACCCGAGUUCCACUUCAGAGACGAAAGCUGAAGCUGGUCCUAUGGAGCAGCCUGUCUCGUAAAAGUAUUCUGUAGUGUUUAGUACUGUUAAUGAGUACAAGGCAAGUGGAAGAUUACCAUUUACCUUUACUUCAUUUGGCUGAUUUUCUUUUUAUUCAAAAGACACUUACAACUGAAACAGAUCAUAGAUCGUAUUUCAUAUUUUUUGACACUGAACAUUAGUCCACCCAGUCCUUAUAAAUAAACCUGAUUGUUGCUACUUCAA